AACAACAACAACAAAAACCAAGGAACUAUAAUUCAGGGGUAACAGAAUUAUAUUCCACCUGGGGUUAUCUGGUUCUAAGUAUGGUUGGUAGCAAAAUGGGUUGAGGACCACACAAAGCAUUCAUUUCCACUACUGGACCUUGGAUACAGUUCUUAGGUCCAUUGACCCUGUUCUUAAAUUCAUUGGCAAAUGGGGCUUGGUUAGGACAAGAUUAGCCAGAUUAGAAAACUGGAGUGAGAUAAAACUCGCAGGCCAAUAGCAUGUGUAGAUACUUGAGAGACCAGAAAAAGGUAAGAACAGAGGGUGGGGGAGAGAAGGGAAGACCAACACCAGAAGACACAGCCCAAUAUGUUCCUUUAUCUGACUACUACAUCUAAAGUUCUUCUUACUACUAUUUGAUUCUCUCUACCUAUUUUUCUCUCUUAUACAUAGACUUCUUUUUAAUAAUACUCAAUGUAUGAUUUUUUCAUGUAAAAAUGUUAUCUAAAUUUAUCUUCACAAUACUCAGGUACGAAAAGGCAGAUACUUUUAUUCCUAUUUCACAGAUGAGGAAACAGACAAGAAUGUGAGUAAUGUUUCAAUGUAGUUAAUAAGUGGUAGAACAAAGCAUAGAAUCUAGGCUUCCUGAUUGCACCUCAAAGUUCCUGCCAUUAGACCCACUGUACCACUCCAUAAUAUAGGCAAAAUUGAUGGCUAACAAUAUAACAAGGGUCACCCUCUCUAAAAUACUGCCUCUUCCCUUCCCAAAAAACUAUGUCUCUGCAUGACUGUAAGCAUGUUAGUUACCAACUGCCAAGUGACCUUGGUUUUAAAACUGGGCAGAUGAGUUAAUCUCACUGGCUUUCUAUUCUUAUUUAGCUUGUUGCUGUAAGAGGUUUAGAGUAGCUUUCUGAGGGCAUAUGUUAGCCUUCAGUUUUAGUGAGGAGUAAGGGACUAAAUCCAGCGAAAACUUACAUGAAAACAACCUGAGGAAAAGCUGUAGACUGUGAGUCAAGAUGGGGAAUGGCAAAUCUGUAGCUGGUGAUCAGAGAGCAGUUCCUACACAAGGGACCCAUGUGUGGUACAGAACAUUUAUGACGGAAUAUCCAUCUGGCCUGCAAACACUACAUGAAUUUAAGACACUUUUGGGUCUGCAAGGUCUGAAUCAGAAGGCCAAUAAACAUGUUGAUCAAGUUUAUAAUACCUUUGACACGAACAAGGAUGGAUUUAUUGACUUUUUGGAGUUUAUUGCUGCUGUAAAUCUAAUCGUGCAAGAAAAAAUGGAGCAAAAAUUAAAAUGGUAUUUUAAGCUGUAUGAUGUUGAUGGAAAUGGUUCUAUUGACAAAAAUGAACUACUGGACAUGUUCGUGGCGGUACAAGCCCUCAAUGGCCAGCAAACCCUGAGUCCUGAAGAAUUCACCAACUUAGUGUUCCGUAAGAUCGAUAUAAACAAUGAUGGUAAUGGAGCUACUCUCUUCUGGAUCACUUUUCUUACAAAGAGAAUUGACUUUAGAAGAAUUUAUCAAUGGCAUAGCAAAAGAUCAGGAUCUCCUGGAGAUUGUUUACAAGAGCUUCGACCUCUCCAAUGUGCUAAGAGUAAUCUGUAACGGGAAGCAGCCAGACACGGAGAUAGACUCCUCCAAAUCUCCUGACAAGGCUGGCCUAGGGAAGGUGAAAAUGAAGUCUCUGUGAGAAUACCUUUCCCAGCUAUCAAUGAGCACAAUACUUCAAUAGAGAAGAAAUAGAAUCUUCCCCAUGUACAUGCUGUUGAUUUCAGGUCUUUGUUAUCAUUCAUAUAGGCUUGUGAAUAUAGCACUUAUUUUAAUCCAAUAGAGACUUCCAUAAAGAUCCUAAACAGAUGCAUUGUUGCUUUUCUGUGCUCUCUCUGCAGAUUAAAACAUAAUAAUUACACUGAAGGAUUGUCUCCAUACCUAUCCAUUCAAAAUAGAACUCUCAUAUGUGUUUCCUUGUGCACUAAAUCUACACCUUGAAAUAGAACUGGAUUAUCAGUUGGAAAGUGUUUCCACAGAUUAGCAUUCUCAGAUUAAACGUGCAUGUGGUAAA